GCCGCCAGAGGAAUUUGUUAAUAUCAGAUUAGCCACAAACAAUUCCCUGGCCACAACACCCUUCAGCCUCUUAGCCACUACUUCUAUAAUGGAAAUGGAAGCUUCCACUCUAUUGUCGCUCUUGUUACCCACAACAUUACCACCACCCACAUCCAUGCCUUCUAGGUUUAACAACAUCUCCUUGUAUAGCGCUAAUACUGGACUAAGUACCACUGCCGCCACCACAUCCACCUGGCCGGUGAAACAUGCCUCGGUAAUGGAGGGUCAAGUCAUACUCGGUGGCCUUAUGAUGGUGCAUUCACGUGAGGAUAGCAUCACUUGUGGGCCCAUUAUGCCUCAGGGGGGCAUACAGGCCCUGGAAGCCAUGCUCUAUACCUUGGAUCGCGUUAACCAACAGCAACUGUUGCCGAAUAUAACUUUGGGUGCUCACAUUUUGGAUGAUUGUGAUAAGGAUACGUAUGGCCUGGAAAUGGCUGUUGAUUUUAUCAAGGGCUCCAUUAGCAAUAUUGACGAUGCUGAGUAUCAUUGUAACAAAACUCAAGUGCGAAAAGUUAUAUCUGGUGUUGUUGGAGCUGCUUCGUCUGUAACAUCCAUACAGGUGGCUAAUUUGUUAAGGCUCUUCCGUAUACCACAGGUCUCAUUUUUCUCCACCAGCCCCGAAUUGAGUAACAAACAACGCUUCGAAUAUUUUUCUCGAACCAUACCCUCGGAUCACUACCAAGUCAAGGCUAUGGUGGAGAUAGUUAAACGCCUAGGCUGGAGCUAUGUUUCCAUUAUCUAUGAAGAAAGUAAUUAUGGCAUAAAGGCCUUUGAAGAGCUGGAAGAAUUGUUGGCUCGGCACAAUAUCUGUAUUGCAGUCAAGGAAAAACUUGUGAAGGACUCUGGCGUAGCUGAUGAAACGGCAUAUAACAGCAUAGUGCUUAAGUUGCUAACGAAACCACGAGCACGUGGUGCCAUAAUAUUUGGUUCCGAUCAGGAAGUACGAGAAGUAAUGCGCGCCGUGAGACGUAACAAUGCUACUGGUGCUUUCUCUUGGAUUGGCUCUGAUGGUUGGAGUGCUCGUAAUUUGGUAUCGGAUGGCAAUGAGCCUGAGGUUGAAGGAACCUUAUCAGUGCAGCCCCAAGCGAAUCCUGUCAAAGGCUUUGAGGAGUACUUCUUGAGUCUAACUGUCGAAAAUAAUCAAAGAAAUCCCUGGUUUGUAGAAUUCUGGGAAGACCAUUUUCAAUGUCGCUACCCUGGCAGUUCGAGUACUCCCUAUAACAAUUACAAUCGAACCUGUUCGAAAACUGAGCGUUUGUCCCGCGAGGAUACUGAUUUCGAAGAUCAACUGCAAUUCGUUAGUGAUGCCGUUAUGGCUUUUGCCUAUGCUCUAAGAGACAUGCACCGCGAAUUAUGUGACGGCAAACCUUCAUUGUGUGAUGCCAUGAAACCAACCAAAGGCGCGGAUUUAUUGCGAUUCUUAAGGAAGGUGGAAUUCGAAGGACUCAGCGGGGACCAUUUCCGCUUCGACACCAAUGGUGAUGGCCCAGCUCGAUAUAACAUCAUUCACUUUAAACAAUCCAAAGAGGGCCAAUACAAUUGGGUAAAAGUUGGCGAAUACUAUGAGGGUGAAUUGCGUCUGAAUAUGUCAGAGGUCCAAUUUAAACUGAUGCAACCCAAACCUCCAGAGUCUGUUUGCAGUUUGCCAUGUGAAAGAGGUCAGGCGAAAAAAUAUGUGGAGGGCGAAAGCUGUUGUUGGCACUGCUUCAAUUGUUCCACCUAUCAGAUUCGACAUCCCACAGAUGAAACGCAGUGCCUAACAUGCCAGCUAGGCACAUUACCCGAUGCCACAAAACAAUAUUGCCAAACUAUACCGGAAGUUUAUCUAAGACCAGAAUCAGCAUGGGCCAUAGGAGCCAUGGCAUUUAGUGCCACCGGUAUUCUGGUGACUCUUUUCGUGGUGGGUGUGUUUAUAAGGCACAAUGAUACGCCCAUUGUGCGAGCUUCCGGCAGAGAAUUGAGCUACAUUCUCUUGGCUGGCAUUCUAAUGUGUUACGCGGUCACAUUUGCCCUGGUAUUGAAGCCCACCAAUGUGGUGUGUGCCAUUCAACGAUUUGCUGUGGGUUUUUGUUUCACCGUUGUCUAUGCCGCUUUGCUCACGAAAACCAAUCGCAUAGCACGCAUCUUCAAGGCUGGCAAACAAUCGGCAAAACGUCCUUCGUUCAUUAGCCCCAAAUCGCAAUUGGUGAUAUGUUCGUUCUUCAUAUCGGUGCAGAUUCUAAUAAAUGGUGUCUGGAUGUUGAUAGCACCUUCGCACGCCAUGCAUCAUCAUCCGACGCGCGAAGAUAACCUCUUGGUGUGUGACUCCUACAUAGAUGCUUCGUACGUUAUCGCCUUCUUCUAUCCCAUUGUGUUGAUUGUGGUGUGUACGGUGUAUGCGGUACUCACACGCAAAAUACCGGAAGCUUUUAAUGAAUCGAAACAUAUAGGUUUCACCAUGUACACCACCUGCGUCAUUUGGCUGGCCUUUGUGCCGCUCUACUUUGGAACAGCCAAUCAUGUUCCACUGAGGAUAACAUCGAUGUCGGUGACCAUUAGUUUAUCGGCAAGCGUAACAAUCGCAUGUUUAUUCUCACCCAAGCUCUAUAUAAUCCUCGUACGACCUGAGCGCAAUGUACGCCAAAGUAUGAUGCCUCCACGUUCAAACAUGCAUCGCACAGCGAAUACAGGACCCUCAUCGAUGAUGGCCGCUGCGGUGGUCACUGCGGCCACCUGUGCCCAAGAGGAGAAAAUCCAGAAACACAUCACACCCACCAACACUGAAAACAGCAGCGUAAAUCAAAAGAAAAAACUCUGUGAAAUGGCCACCCAAACGAUAACAAUAUCCAGCAUAUUCACCAAUCUGGAUAGCACUGCCUAUCAACAGAUUCCCUAUGCUGAUCAAUAUGUGCCAAAUAACAAUCACAACGAUAAGGAACAGCUGCCCUCGGAGACCCACACUUCCAGCCACUCAUCGCUGGGCAAUGAGGCCCAGGUGGUGGCGAACAAUAAUAAAAUCAAUCAACAGCAGCAUUGUGCAAAUAUGGCCAAUUGCACCAGCAACACCACCAAUAAUGCGCCAAUAGGGUCCACAACAAAUGCCAUUGCCAGUAGUCUCAAUGGCCUGGUGAAUGCCACGGCAUUGCCAUUUAGUGUAAACAAUGCAAAUCAUGUGGCGACCCCACCAUCGCUGUCAUUAGCACCAUCUACAGUGGGGGCAUCUGCGACGACGGCGACCACUGCGGGCAGCACCAAGUGGAGUGCGACCAACAACGAAACCACCGUGCCCACGUCGGCACUAAGAUCAAAUACGGUAUUGACUACCAGCUUAUAG